AUCAUUUAACUUUUGAGUGGCACAAAAGAGUAGUCAAUUGGGAUUAAUAACAAAAAAAGGCUACCCCAAUUACAAUUUCACACUUCAACAGAGCUGUACAAAAGAUUAAUAGGAGAGUAAUCAGGAUUUGGUAAACAAGUCAAUCAGCUACAGAAUAGAGUCAUUUACCACCACUUAUCAAAAUCUGAUUAAACUCUUUAUUCGUAGUCUACUGUCUACUACUACAAUUGUUCCUACUCAAACCACCCACGUAUCCACAACCUACCCAAAACAAAACAUACCCAAAAAAAAAUGAGUAAAAGUUCAGAUAUGGUGCUGACAGCAUCAGCACUUUUAGCAUUAUCAACACUAAUAGCUCUUUAUCUUCCUCCAUUGUUAUCUCCUCUUCCAUUAUCAGCUUUUCCCACAGAUUCCCAUAACCUUCUUCAUCUUUCUGAGAAUAUUUCAUUGCCCUCUGCCUUUGGACCUGAGAGCUUGGCUUUUGAUCCUUCUGGUGUGGGUCCUUAUACUGGUGUUGCUGAUGGGAGGAUUCUUAAGUGGGAUUCUGCUUCCUCUUCUUGGGUUCCUUUUGCUUUCACCUCUUCUUCUAGAAAGGAGUGUACGCGCCCAUUUGCACCAGAACUGGAACAUUUAUGUGGACGACCAUUAGGUCUAAGAUUUGAGCAGAAAAGCGGAGAUCUUUAUAUUGCUGAUGCUUACCUAGGUCUUCAUAGAGUCGGGUCUGAAGGAGGUUUGGCCUCGUUGGUGGUGGAUGAGGCUGAAGGCGAGCCCCUUUACUUCACCAAUGACAUGGAUAUUGAUGAAGAAGAGGAUAUCAUCUACUUCACUGAUUCGAGCACGAAACUUCGUAGAAGGCAUUUCAUGCAUUCAAUUCUAAGCGGAGAUACGACAGGAAGAUUCAUCAAGUAUAACAAAUCAACCAAACAAACAACUGUCCUAGUCCGCGAUCUUGCCUUUGCAAACGGAGUGGCCUUAAGCCAAGACCGUUCAUUUGUGCUCGUAGCAGAAACUAGAGCGUGUAGGAUCUUAAGGCUGUGGCUUAAGGGUCCCAAUGCAGGUCGACUUGACACUUUCAUCGAGUUGCCUGGCUAUCCCGACAAUGUAAGGAGAAACCAAAACGGUGAGUUUUGGGUUGCAAUUCAUGCUAAGAAAACCGUUUUGGCUGAUUGGAUGCUUAGAAACAUUUGGUUCAGGAACGCGCUGAUUAAGGUCCCGCCUAGUGUUGUACAAAAACUACACGCUUUGUUUGUCGGAGGGCACCAUGCGAUUGCAGUGAAAUUGAGUGAACGAGGACAAGUGAUUAAAGUUUUGGAAGAUGCUCAAGGGAAGAAAGUGAGGUAUGCUAGUGAAGUAGAUGAGAGGAAUGGAAAGUUGUGGAUUGGUUCUGUUAUGAUGCCUUCUAUUUGGGUUUACAAUGUGGAUCAGUAAUAAGUAUUAGGCCAUGUAGUUUAUGUGCAUAUGUAAUAAUCUAGAAUGGGAGAUUGUACCACUAAUAUGGCCCGGAAUAGUACUGAUUUAUAGUUUUUUGGUUUCGGUUUAUAAUGGACUAAAUUUAGAUAGAUUAUUCAAUCAUAUGUCCUUUUUAUUCAUGUGAAAUAGAAAAUGCUAUUUGCUAA